AUGAGAGAAAUCAUUCACUUGCAAACAGGUCAAUGCGGUAACCAGAUUGGUCAAAAGUUCUGGGAAGCUAUCUCCGCUGAACACGGGCUUGACCCCACCGGUGCAUACCACGGAGACAGCGACCUACAAUUAGAGCGUAUCAACGUAUACUACAAUGAGGCAAUGGGUGGAAAAUAUGUGCCAAGAGCUAUACUAAUAGACCUUGAGCCGGUGACCAUGGAUUCUAUCCGAUCUAGCCCGUAUGGUGCCCUCUUCCGACCAGAUAACUUUGUGUUUGGUCAAUCUGGUGCCGGUAACAAUUGGGCCAAAGGUUAUUAUACCGAAGGUGCCGAAUUGGUCGAUUCUAUCUUAGAUGUCCUUCGCAAAGAAUCAGAAUCUACGGAUUGUCUCCAAGGUUUUCAAGUAACCCACUCUCUAGGUGGUGGUACCGGUUCUGGUCUCGGUUCUUUGUUGCUUUCCAAGAUCCGCGAAGAAUACCCAGAUCGUAUGCUAUGUACAUUCUCCGUGGUUCCGUCACCAAAAGUGUCGGACACCGUCGUUGAACCAUAUAACGCCGUGCUCUCAGUUCAUCAAUUGGUAGAAAACAGUGAUGAGACAUUCUGCAUUGACAACGAAGCCUUGUACGAUAUUUGCUUCCGCACAUUAAAAUUAACCAAUCCAAGCUACGGCGAUCUCAACCAUCUCGUGUCAGCUGUCAUCAGCGGCAUCACAACCUGUCUACGAUUCCCCGGUCAGUUAAACAGUGACUUAAGGAAACUCGCUGUUAACAUGGUUCCUUUCCCACGUUUACAUUUCUUCAUGGUCGGUUUUGCUCCAUUGACCUCGCGUAGCUCUCAAGGAUUCCGCGCUCUCACUGUACCAGAAUUAACGGCUCAGAUGUUCGAUUCUCGUAAUAUGAUGGCUGCAUCCGAUCCCCGUCACGGCCGUUACCUGACCGUUGCCACGAUCUUCCGUGGAAGGCUAUCCACCAAAGAAGUUGAACAACAGAUGCACAUGAUCCAAACUAAGAUGAGCUCAUAUUUUGUUGAAUGGAUUCCGUCAAGUGUAAAAACCGCCGUGUGCGAUAUUCCUCCGAUCGGUCUCACGAUGUCCGGUACCUUUGUUGGUAACAGUACAGCUAUCCAAGAACUCUUCAAGCGCAUAAACACACAGUUCACUGCUAUGUUUAGGCGAAAAGCUUUCUUGCAUUGGUAUACCGGUGAGGGUAUGGACGAAAUGGAGUUCACCGAAGCUGAGUCUAACAUGAAUGACUUGGUUUCUGAAUACCAGCAAUACCAAGAAGCAUCCACUGAAGAGGAUGGUGGUGAAUAUGAUGAAGGUGGUGAGGAAGAGUACCCCGCUGAAGAGGAAGCCGAGUAA